AUGGUAUUUCCAGAGUUGAACCGGGAGCCAAUGAUCGACUCCAUAAUCAUGAGGUGCUGGUACGGGACAGUGGCAGAAUUGGCGGCAGAUACAGAAAAGCUAUACGGCAUGAGCAGUGAGGCUUCCAGAGGCAAGAUUGAAGGAGUUAAGUGUUCGGCACCCAUAUCUGCGGACGACUUCACAUCGCGGAGGAAAUUGUGUGAAGAUUUAGUCAGAUGCGGAAUCUCUAAGGCUCUCUCUUUGCGGAACCCCCGACAACUUGGGCUUCCAAUAAAACGCAGACAUGUUUGUUGGGAGCUACUACAGGAGCUGUCAGAAAUGCCUCUCUUUGUCACAGAUGAAAUAUGGUCCAGGAGGGGCGACAGCAAGCACGCGGCCGGAAACAGCGGCCUCUGCCCGAUCCGGUGUAGCGCCGUCCGUGUCCGGCCUAGCCCGGGCGGGGCCCGAUGGGUCCUGAUGUGGUCUGGCGCUGGCCCCGUUCGGGCAUGGUGCCAACCCGCCAGCCACCUCGACUCACCAACGUCAUCCGUCACGACUAUAUAA